AUGGACAAGAUCAAAAUCUCAAAGGUUGACAAUGUGACACUUCACAGAAGGAACGAACAGGCCACCGGAACUCUUCAUAUCUCUACCCAUCAUUUGAUCUUCGAGCACCGCCCCGAUGCAUCCACCAAAUCCCAAGGCUCGACCAAAGCCAAAGGUCGUGUCAAAGAGAUGUGGAUCACAUACCCCAUGAUUGCGUCCUGUGUCUAUAGACCCAUGCCCGCCAUCCUUCGCCAGGACCAUGCCAUUCGCCUACGCUGUAGAGACUUUACCUUUGUCGCCUUCCACUUCUCCGACGAGACUCAGGCUCGCAGUGUCUACGACAGCAUCAAGGCUCUGACUUGUGGCCUUGGCUCUUACGACAAGCUGUAUGCUUUUAGCUACGACCCUCCUCCGAUUGAAAAGAACAUCAAUGGCUGGCAGAUUUAUGAUGCCCGCAAGGAGUACAGGCGCAUGGGCAUUUCUCCCAAAGGUGCCGAUCGAGGCUGGCGCUUGACUGAUAUCAAUCGCGACUACGAAUACUCACCCACCUACCCCUCCCUCUUGGUCGUACCGUCUUCCGUCUCUGACAACGUUCUUAAACAUGGAAGAGAAUAUCGUUCACGCUACCGCAUUCCCGCUCUAACCUACUUGCAUCCUGUCAACAACUGCUCCAUAACCCGAAGCUCGCAACCAAAGUGUGGCAUGUUUCAGAAAGAGAGAAACCCCCAGGACGAACGAUUGGUUGCUGCCAUCUUCUCUACAUCAAAACCACUAGCUGGUGGCAUGCCCAUCCUUGACGACCAAGGACAGCAAUUCGAUCCCGACAUGCAACAAGAUGCAAGUCCUCUACGGGUCAAGCCGAAAGCCAGUACAGACAGCAUUACCGGCAUACCCACCGAUAAAAUCUACGGAGCUCAGCAGAGGAACUUUAUCGUCGACGCCCGUCCACAGGUCAAUGCUGUUGCCAACCAGGCCACAGGAAUGGGUUCAGAAAACAUGGAAUUCUACAAAGACGCAACAAAGGAAUACCUUGGUAUCGCCAACAUUCAUGUCAUGAGAGACUCCCUCAGCAAAGUGGCCGAAGCAUUUGCUCACACCGAUUAUACUGAAUUUGGCCCGAACCAGGAUCUGCUUGCCAAGAGCAAAUGGCUCGAUUACAUCUCCUUGGUCUUGCGUGGCUCUAGUCUCGUAGCUCGUCAAGUCGGCAUCAAUCACUCCCACGUUCUCAUCCACUGCUCGGAUGGCUGGGACCGCACCAGUCAGAUCAGCGCUUUGAGUCAACUUUGCUUGGAUCCAUACUACCGCACCCUCGAAGGUUUCAUCGUCUUGGUGGAGAAGGAUUGGGUAUCUUUCGGCCACAUGUUCCGUCACCGUUCAGGAUUCCUGAGCAGUGAAAAGUGGUUCGAGAUUGAGAACGAGCGUGUUGGAGGCAACCGAAAGGCUGACAGUCUGUCUUCAAACAGUGGCAAUGGAAAUGCUUUUGGCAAUGCACUCUCCACCGCCAGGGGAUUCUUUACCAAGAAGAAUGACAGUAGGGAAUCUUUUGAUGUCAACGAUGCAGGUGAUGGCUCGUCCAAUCCAACCCCGACUUCGAAAAGCGCUAAGCACGCAACUACCAACGUCAAGGAGACGAGUCCUAUCUUCCACCAAUUCUUGGACGCAACCUACCAGAUGCUUCGCCAAUAUCCUACCAGAUUCGAGUUCAACGAGCGUUUCCUGCGCCGUCUGUUUUAUCAGCUUUACUCAUGCCAAUACGGUACUUUCCUCUGGGAUAGUGAGCGCGCCAGAGUUGAAGAAAAAGCCUACGAGAGGACGAGAAGUGUUUGGGACUAUUUCCUCUCUCGUCGAGAAAUGUGGAUCAACGAUCAGUAUGAUCCUACCGUUGACGACAAUACUUCUGGCAAGGAGCGCAUUAUCCUUCCUGAUACCAACCAGGUCAAGUGGUGGCACGAAUUGUUUGGUCGUACCGAUGUCGAGAUGAAUGGAACCGUUACUGCGCCUACUGUCAGCUUGCCAAAGGAACCCAAGGAUCCCAUUGUCACUGGUAUAGAGAACUCGGAGAUAUCUGUAGGGCCCGCUGCAAAUGGCAGUAGUUUCACGGGUCAGACCGCAAGCGCUUUUACCAACGGCGCCGCACGUCUGACUGCUGGACUGGGCAACCUAAGUCUGGGUAGAAACAGUGCAAGUGCACCCAGCAGCCGACCUCAAUCUCCACCAACCAACGAAUUGAUGCCCACGCGUACCAUUGACGAGAAGAUGAGACCAGCGGCGACCAAUCAGCCAGAUUCAACUGCAAAUGGCCGACUCUCAUUCUCAGCAUUUGCAAGAGACAAUGCCUUUAGGGAUAACUAG